AUGGUUUGGGGUUAUCAUGUCGCAGAGCCGAAUUCCUACCUCGUCAUCACCGGCGCAGGGGUCAAAGGACUGAAGCUCACCAAGAAAGCCAUGGUCUUUCCCUUCCAAAAGGUGACCAAGAUGUCAGUCACACCCUUCCACUUCACGACCGACCUACAGGCCAUGACAUCCGAAAAGCUACAAGUCUGUCUACCAGCCGUCUUCACCAUCGGUCCCAAGGACGAACAAGAAUCUCUCGUCAAGUAUGCUGGCUUGAUGACGGACAGCGCCUCGCAUGCUGGCGUUGCCAACCGUGAGCACAUUCAAGCAAUCAUCAUGGGCAUUGUCGAAGGCGAGACCAGAUCCGUUGUCUCCAACAUCACCAUGAAGGAGCUCUUCGAGAAGCGCGCUCUGUACCGCACAAAGGUUGUUGAGCACGUUCAGACAGAACUCACCCAGUUCGGUCUCCACAUCUACAAUGCCUCUAUCAAGGAACUCCGCGACAUGCCUGGGUCUCAAUACUUUGAGUUCCAGUCGCAGAAGGCUCACACGGGAGCUAUGAACCAAGCUAAGGUCGAUGUAGCACAUGCGCGCAUGCAGGGUGAGAUCGGAGAAGCCGAAAACCUAGGCCGAACCAAGCAAGAGAUCGCAAAGAUCAAUGCCAAUACUGCUGUGCAGGAGACAGAGCGCAAGAUCGAAAAGGCAAUGGCCGACUCACGCUUCAAAUCCCAAGAAAUCGACAUUGAGCGAAAACUAAACAUCGAGCGCAUUCAAGCCGAACGUGCCGCCGAACUCAAAGACGCCGAUCUCCAAAAGGGCGUGCAGGAAAGCAAAGCUCUGAUGGAGCUGGAGAGAAUGAGAGCAACCACCGUCACAAAAGCAAAAGUCGCAAAGGAAUCCGCUGCUCAAGAGGCAGAUGCUCAACUCUACAAGGCCAGACAAAACGCAGAAGCCAUCGCCUUCCAACAAUCCAAAACCGCAGAUUUGGAACUCUACACCACCGAAAAACAAGCAGAGGGCCACUACCAAAGAAAACAGCGCGAGACGGAAGCCAAAUUCCUUCAAGACAGCAAAGCCGCGGAUGCAUCGCUGUACCGCAAACAACAGGAUGCCCUCGGUGACUUUGAGCUCAAAAAGGCAGAAGCCGAAGCCCUCUACGUCCGUCACGAGCGCGAAGCAGCAGGUAUCAAACAACUCGCCUCUGCCUACGAAGUCCUCAGCAAGGUUCUCGGCGGGCCACAAGGCGUACGCGAUUGGAUGAUGCUGCAAAACAACAUUCCCGUCCAACUCGCAAAGGCAAAUGCAGAAGCCAUCAGAGGAUUGCAGCCAAAGAUCAACGUCUGGACUACGGGUGCUCAAGAUGCUGCUACUGGAGUGGACUCAUUCGCCCCUAUCAAGAACAUCAUGCAGAGCUUGCCUCCGCUGUUUUCGACCAUUCAGGAUCAGACGGGUAUGAUGCCUCCUACUUGGUUGGCGCAGAUGCCGGGUAAUGGACACGGAAGGACUGAUUCUGCUACUGAGCUUCCACCUGCUCUGGAGAAGUACAAGGGUAUCAAUGGCUCUUAG